AGAGGCCGCGGAGCAGAGGGAGAAUCAGCCCUGCGCAUCACCGCCGCCCGGGAACGACUCUCUACGAGUUUGCUAUAAACAGCCGGACUUACAUAACAGCGAGUAAUUCAGCGAGCGCACUCUCCGACAGCUGCCUCGUAUAUAUUUACCCAAAAAGCAUUGGAGGACCGGACCGUCAUAUUGAGUAUACCUAUAUACGUUUGUUGUCAUAGGUGUCAAGUGCGGUCGUUGCGUGGCUUGGAAGAGCUGAAUCCAAAGAGCACUCGACAUGUCAGUGGUCGGCAUCGAUGUGGGUUUCCAGAACUGUUACAUCGCCGUGGCGCGGAGCGGCGGCAUUGAAACCAUUGCCAAUGACUACAGUGACAGAUGCACGCCGGCUUGUGUGUCAUUGGCCUCCAAAAACCGCUUGAUUGGAAAUGCAGCAAAGAGUCAAAUGAUCACAAACUUCAAAAACACAGUCCAUGGCUUCAAAAAGUUCCACGGCAGAGCAUUUGAUGACAUGUUUGUUCAAGCGGAAAAACCCAAACUGCCUUACAGUUUACAGAAACUGGCCAAUGGAAACACUGGAAUUAAGGUGCGUUAUUUGGACGAGGACAAAGUGUUCACUGUUGAGCAGAUCACAGGGAUGCUGCUCACCAAGCUGCGGGAGACGUCAGAGAGCGCCCUGAAGAAGCCGGUGGUGGACUGUGUCAUCUCUGUCCCCAGUUUCUUCACGGACGCAGAAAGACGGUCUGUGUUGGAUGCAUCCCAGAUCGCGGGGCUGAACUGUUUGAGGCUACUUAAUGACACCACUGCAGUGGCUUUGGCCUAUGGGAUCUACAAACAGGACCUUCCUAAUCCAGAAGAGCGGCCUAGAAAUGUGGUGUUUGUGGACAUGGGACAUUCGUCAUUCCAGGUCUCAGUCACAGCCUUCAACAAAGGCAAGCUCAAGGUCCUUGCCACGGCGUUCGACCCGUACCUCGGUGGGCGUUGCUGUGACGAGGUGCUGGUAGAUUACUUCUGCGAGGAGUUUAAGGGGAAGUACAAACUCAACGUGAGGGACAACCCGAGGGCUCUGCUGCGGCUGCACCAGGAGUGCGAGAAGCUGAAGAAGCUCAUGAGUGCCAACUGCUCCGACCUGCCUCUGAACAUAGAGUGCUUCAUGAAUGACAUUGAUGUUGCUAGCAGGAUGAACAGGGGCCAUUUUGAGGACAUGUGUGCUCAAUAUCUGAUGAGGGUGGAAAUGCCACUGAAAGCAGCGCUUGAACAAUCAAAGCUAAGCCGAGAUGACAUCUAUGCAGUGGAGCUAGUUGGAGGAGCCACGAGAAUCCCGGCCUUCAAGGAGCGGAUAGGGAAGUUUUUCUGCAAAGACAUCAGCACCACGCUCAACGCAGACGAAGCUGUAGCAAGAGGCUGCGCACUUCAGUGCGCAAUCUUGUCUCCAGCCUUUAAGGUGCGCGAAUUCUCCAUCACUGAUGUGGUUCCCUUUCCCAUCACUCUCCGCUGGAAAUCACCAAAAGAGGAUGGACUUGGCGACUGUGAGGUGUUCAAUAAGAAUCAUGCUGCUCCGUUUUCCAAAGUAAUCACCUUCCACAAGAAGGAGCCCUUUGACCUGGAAGCCUUCUACAGUAGCCCUGCAGAGCUCCCGUACCCAGACCACAGGAUAGGAUGUUUCUCAGUACAGAAUGUGGUUCCACAGCCGGAUGGAGACAGUUCUAAGGUGAAGGUCAAAGUGCGCGUCAACAUCCAUGGCAUCUUCAGUGUGUCGAGCGCCUCUCUGAUCGAGAAGCAGAAAGGAGAGGGAGAGGACAUGCAAAUUGACUCGGAGCCAAUGGUGCAGAAUGAAGGCCGAGCAGAGGAUCAGACAAAAAUGCAGGUGGACCAGGAAGGUCAGAGCCAGGGGGAUCAACAGAACGAUGAAAAUAGUUCCAGCAGUAAGGAGGGUUCCUCUGGGGAAAAGCAGGACCCAGCAGCCGGGGGAAGUAAGCUCAAAGCCAAGGUGAAGAGUGUUGAUCUUCCCAUCGCAGCCAACAACAUUCGACAGCUCGACAGUGACGUUCUUAAUAACUUUGUGGAGUAUGAGAGUCAGAUGAUUGUUCAGGACAAAAUGGUGAAGGAGCAGAAUGACGCUAAAAAUGCAGUGGAGGAGUACGUAUACGAUCUGCGGGGCAAACUGUGUGGGGUGUAUGAAAAGUAUAUCACAGAGGAGGACAGUAACCGUCUGACAUUGAUGCUGGAGGACACAGAGAACUGGCUGUAUGAGGACGGCGAGGAUCAACCCAAACAAGUCUACGAGGAGAAGCUUGAGGCACUCAAGAGGUUGGGUGAACCCAUUCAGGAUCGGCAUAGAGAGCAAGAGGACAGACCCAGGGCUUUUGAGGAGCUGGGAAAGAAGCUGCAGCUCUACAUGAAGUUUGUGGAUUCAUAUAAGCAGAAGGAUGAGCGCUAUCAACACUUGAGUGCAGAGGAAAUGAGCUCCGUGGAGAAGUGUGUGAGUGAAAGCAUGGGCUGGAUGAACAGCAAGAUGAAUUCACAGAGCAAACUCACUAUAACCCAAGAUCCUGUCGUUAAAGUAGCAGACAUCAUUGCCAAAAUACAGGAACUGGAUGAGGUAUGUAACCCAGUGGUCAACAGGCCAAAGCCCUGCGUGGAGGAGGCCUCUGAGGUCAACGACCAACACAGCGGUGCUCAUAACGGCCCGACUGCCAAAGAAGGAGCAGAGUGGAAGGCAGACGCAAAGGGGAGCCAGCAGACAAAGCCUGGCACGAAAGAGAUGGAGGUGGACUGAGAUCUGUGUCUGAGACUCAAACUCGGCCUCCAUCCCUGCAUUUGCCACCACUGACCAUUUAGACAGUAGAAACAUCGAUACCUGGGACCACACUUCAAACCUCACCAACCACUUUGUGGAGUCGCCCCUCAUUGGACCUUUUGAGGUUUUUCUUUUCAACCUUUCAUCCUCAUGUGUGACAAUUGUGUGCUUUAUUCUCUUACUUAAUAAAUCAAAGAAUGAUGCAAUAGAUUAAACUCUGAUCCUGACGUAAAAA